AAUCGAAAAGAGAGUUCAGAAAUUCAUUGCAAAUGUUGCUAAAUUAGUGUUUUUGUAGAAAUGUAAAAAAAGUAAACUGGAUUACACUUCCGGUUGAUGACGUUUUGUCUGACGCCGCAGCCUGUAGCGCGGGAACAACAAGCAGACGGUGUGGAUGUGUGUUUGAAGUCUGGAAACAAAACAAGUUAACUACACAGUCAGAGAUGGACCCUUCAGAGGUGGAGUUCCUCGCAGAGAAAGAAAUAGUGAAGAUAAUCCCAAACUUCAGCCUGGACAAGAUAUACUUAAUCGGGGUAAGUGACCUUCGCUCAUAUCUUUUUGUUUCAACCGUAAUAACAACGCCAAACGCACACAGCAUUUCACCCCGGUAUGAGCCAAACUGGACUUACCAUGCAGGUAAACGGUUGAUUUUUAUUGGGGUACCUUAAUACUGUAAUGUUUUGAGGGAUUAAACUCGGGUGUCUCUUCGUCCUCAGGGAGAUCUGGGUCCCUUCAACCCUGGUCUACAGGUGGAUGUCCCCGUGUGGCUGGCCCUGAACCUGAAACAGAGGCAGAAAUGUAGAAUUGUUCCCCCGGAGUGGAUGGAUGUUGGUAAGACAUAAACAACCUUCAAAAUUGUGGAAACCCAUAGCUCAUAUAUUACAAACACAACUCCAAACAGCUACACUUGAAGUACAAACCCACAGGUCUUUCUCGAGUGUCACUCUGAAUCACAGCUCUGCAAAUCUCUGAACACAAAAUGCAUCCUUGAGCCCACCUGGAUGUUGCACUUCUUCACACUUAAUAGGAAUGAACACUUAAAUCUUGAGCGAGAGUACCAAAGAGGCCUUGAGUGACAAACACAGAUGCUACAAGCAUGUGUCACCACUCCAGGUGAUGUAGACAGCUUAUGUUGGUAUCCAUGCAGAUAAGAGGCAGGUACGAAUCAACCUUCCAGUUGUUUUUCCUCGCUGCUUGGACAGAGAGAACAUUGCAGCUGAUGUGGACGAGGUCCUCUGGCCUGACUAGGAUGGGGGCAGGAUACAGAAUAAUCCCUUUCACAGCAUUGAUCUGAUCAGCUGAACAAACAUUUCCUUCACUGCCUACCUGUGUCUGUGCACAGAUUUUCUUUUACAUAUUUUCACACACUUACAUGCAUUUGAAUAUGUAAUAGACCCUCAUGAAGCCAAAAAAACAUGCAUGCACAUUUGAUGGUAAUGUUUUGAAAGAUCACACCAGUUUUUAUUAUUAUUAAAUGUCUUUAAACAUCUGGGAAAAUCUGUAAUUCUUGUGUUUUCCAAUGAGGACAUUAAAAGUGUUCAUAUCUCAUAUCUGUUUGUGCAGAUAAACUGGAGGAGAUGCGAGAUCUUGAGAGGAGAGAGGAUGCCUUUACACCUGUUCCCAGUCCUUACUACAUGGAGUUGACCAAAUUACUACUAAACUAGUAAGUCUCAUGCAGGUUCAGCUCAAAGUAUUAUGUCCCAAAAAGUUCAUUUUUUCCCCAUAACAAUAUGACAGUCAGUCUAGUUCUAUGCUGGGGUGUCAUCAAAGUCCAGGUUGUUUUGAUAACUCCUUCAACUCACAUGGCUUGUUGGCUCUGGUGUCUGUCAUCAUUCUCUUGAUGAUACCCCAAGAUUCUCUUUGGGGUUCAGGUCAGGCUAGUUGGCCGGCAUAUCAAUCACAGUGAAACCACGAUCAGCAAAAAAAAAAGUUUCUGGUAGUUUCGGAGAAAUCUGGAUCUCGAUAAGUCUUCUCAGCAGAUAGAAACAUGGUGUUGUGAAAUAUUUUCACUUUUUUGUGUGAUGAAUCUUGAAUAUAUAUAUUUUAACAACUAAUUAAAUUAUGGGGAAAAUGAAAUGGUUUGGGACGAUCGAUUUUUUUGAGCUGCACCUGUAAAUGUCUGUUUCAUUUCAUAUUAAGUUAAUUUUGUUUGUGAAAAUACUCCAUCAGCCUCUGUGUGUGUCUUCUUCACCUUACACUGUGGUCUGUCCGUCGCUGCAGUGCUUCUGAUAACAUCCCAAAAGCAGAUGAGAUCCGCACGCUGGUCAAAGACAUCUGGGACACUCGUAUCGCCAAACUCCGCCUCUCCGCCGACAGCUUCAUCAGUCAGAUGGAGGCUCACGCCAAGGUGAGAAUGAUAGCCAGACAUCCCAAUUAAUCACUUUCCACUACCUCAUUCCCACUGAGCGUUUUUGGUCUAAAAGAGGUCUAAUAGACGUCUAAAUGUUGCCUAGAUGACUGGUCUAAAAUCAGACUACCACAGGUCUAAGAAGGAACGUUUUUUUAGUCGUCUAAAUGUAGACCAAGUUUAGACCAACUCUAAAUCUCGACUAUAUCUAUACUACACUGUAUUUUGCUCAACAGCUAUCAUAAAUAUUCUUGUUAAGUACUUGGAGAUCAGUUAUGCCGCUCACAGUUGCUUUUUGAAGUGAAAAGUUCUUGAAAUAAUGGAUUAAAGAGCAACGUCUAAAUUCCGUCUAAAAAUAUACGGAAUCUAGACGGUUGAAAUUAGGUUUUAAAAAAAAAUAAAAAAAUAUACGUCUAAUAGCCGUCUAUUACUCAGUGGGUUGUAGUGUGUGCUGUGGGUAAGUUAAAUGUCCUGUGGACUCAGAGAUUAACCACUUAAUUCAGAAAUGUAUGGAGUGAUGGACCAAGAAUAAAAAAUCCAUACAUUAAUGUUGAAAAUGUAAAUGCUUCAUUUUCUACAUUUCUUCUGUCAUUAAAAUUGAGAUUGAAAAUGAAUUGAUAAAAGAAAUGCAAAGACAAAAGAAGUACUUUAAAUAUUUUCAAUGUCUAAAGGACUUCUCCUUAAAUUAUAUAAAAAACUCUGAACAUUUAUCAGGUAAAAUUGAACCUUGCAGCAGCUUGACUGAUUCUCCACAGUCUCACUAAAACUGAGCGUGUCUUCUCUCCCACUUUGCCUCUUUAUUCUGCAGCUGGACAACCUCACUCUGAUGGAAAUCAACACCAUCCGGUCAUUUCUUCUUGACUCUCUCAACUGCAUGUACAAACUACGCUCCAAUCUGCAGCCUGGCUCAAGUAAAGGACAGCUCACUGACUACUGAGACACAAACACAGAGCCGCAUCAACAGGUGUGGAUAUUUACCAAGACUGGGGUUAAAGCCCUGGAACUGAGAUGAGCACUGACUCACAGGACUCUCAAAGACUGUGAGCAGAAAUAAAAAACCACAGCAUUGGUGUCACAGUCAGUUUUACUCUGCCUUUCUGAGAAGACAUUUUAUAUUAGGGACACUUGUAUUGUUUUCAGCUAGACUUAGUGGUUUUCUGCCAUUUGAAUAUUUGUAUUUAAAGCUGUUCAGUUUUUGUGAUUGCAAAAUAAAUGUGAUGAUGUUUGAAGUUUGCCUGCAAAAAAAAAAAAGUGUCAGCCAAGCACAGCAAAACCUCUCUGUACCAGGAUGCAGAUUUAUUGUUACUACAGCAGACCUUUUGUAUUGUUCUAUAGCUUUUAGCUGAAUGAAAGAAGCUUAAACUGAAUUUUUUUAAGUAAUUUUUUGACACCAUCUGAAAAAUCAAACAACUUAAGGAUUUGACUUUUUGUAAUGAGUUUCAUUAAAGCAGUGGUUCUCAAGUCCAGUCCUCGAGCACACCUGAUUCAAAUGAUCAGCUCGUUAUUAAGCCAUUCCAGAGCUUGAUAACGAGCUGAUCAUUUGAAUCAGGUGUGUUGGAGCAGGGAAACAUCCAAAACAUGCAGAUAUACUAUAUAUGCAAAUAUACUCUCAAAAACAAAA